AUGCGUAAACAAAACAAAACGUCUCAACAACUACAGUCUACAACGGGAUCGGGACCAGAGGUGGACAAGUCGACGGCGGAACCCGCAAUGCCCCAGACACCUUCUCUAGGGACUCCCGGUGAUCUGACUGAGCUAACGUCAGAAAUAAAACUUUUACGUGGUGACAUGUCAAACCUCAGGAACCAACUAUCUUCUGCUUUGGACUCCCUGGCUAAGUGCCAAACCCGUAUGGAUGAAAUAAACGGCAAACUCGCAGACACCGAGCGCCGGCUGCAGGCUUUGGAGGACCAGCAAUCGCAAAAUGUACGCAUUAAGGCUACAUUACAGGACCUUGAAAACAAGUACAACAUGCAAGCACAACUUGCUUUAAGAAAUGAAAUAGAAAUCAUCGGUUGCCCAGAAAUCAAAAACGAAAAUCUACAUCACACUACAAUGGCCAUAGCCACCAAGAUUGGUAUCAGUGUAUCGGAACUAGACAUAGACUUUGUUUCAAGAGUGGGACCCAUAAGAAAACAAUCCAGCAACGAGUCUAGCCAAGCACCACGGCCUGUGAUUGUACGUUUUGCCCGCCGGAAGGUAAGAGAUGACUUUCUAGUAAAAUCAAAAACCCGACGAAAUCUGGAUACUGCGGAUAUUAUCACAGAAUGCACCCCACAGAAACUAUACAUUAAUGAACGACUUACUUACGAAAACCGUCUGUUAUUUCGUAGAACCAGAGAGCGGGCGGGCCAGGCAAACUUCAAAUACUGUUGGACUCGAAGUGGAUUCAUCUACACAAGAAAGCGAGACGGUGCAGAGGCCAUCAAGAUCACCAGCUACGACUGUAUCGACCGCGUCUUUGGAUCUCCACAGCAGCCUGAACUUGCUUCUAAAGGCUGCCCUGAUGUGUAA